GCCACAAACACCGUUUCGAUUCUUUCACCCGUGAAUUCUUUCCAUUUCCCAUUGACGGAGCCACCACUUUCGGCGGCGAUUCCGUCUUCUCUCUUCCUCUUGUAGAAGCAACAUUUUGCUUCUGCAUAGCUGAGUUCAUCUCUCCUUUCUUAUAUAUUGCUCCGAGUCUUCUUGUUUCUCUAAUACCGCGAGCUCUUUCACUCCGGGAAGCAAUCCGUUAAACUCAAGCUGUCUUGAGAAGAUGACGAUCACAUCAAAUAUCUCUGUCCAGAACGACAACCUCGUUGUUCAAGGGAAGACCAUACUGACCAAAAUCCCCGACAACAUCAUCCUAACUCCGGUCACGGGUGCUGGAUUUGUUUCCGGGGCUUUUAUAGGCGCAACGUUUGAACAAAGCAAGAGUCUUCAUGUGUUCCCGAUUGGUGUGUUGGAGGGUCUUCGGUUCAUGUGUUGUUUCCGCUUUAAGCUAUGGUGGAUGACUCAGAGGAUGGGAAGCUGUGGCAAAGACAUUCCUUUGGAGACACAGUUCAUGCUACUGGAGAGCAAGGACGAGGUUGAAGGCAAUGGGGUUGAUGCUCCGACUAUUUAUACCGUCUUUCUCCCUCUGCUCGAAGGCCAGUUCAGAGCUGUUCUUCAAGGAAACGAGAAGAACGAGAUUGAGAUUUGCCUCGAGAGCGGAGACAAGGCGGUCGAAACUAGCCAGGGAACACACCUUGUCUAUGUUCAUGCUGGAACCAACCCCUUUGAAGUUAUCACGCAAUCUGUAAAGGCUGUAGAGAGACACAUGCAGACAUUUCAUCAUCGUGAGAAGAAGAAGCUGCCUUCUUUCCUAGACUGGUUUGGCUGGUGUACAUGGGAUGCGUUCUACACAGACGUGACUGCCGAGGGCGUUGAUGAAGGCCUUAGAAGGUUCGCUACUAGGCUUGUUGGUAUCAAGGAGAAUGCAAAAUUUCAGAAGACUGAUCAAAAGGACACGCAAGUAUCAGGGCUAAAGAGCGUAGUUGAUAAUGCAAAGCAGCGCCAUAACGUGAAGCAAGUUUAUGCAUGGCACGCUUUAGCUGGCUACUGGGGUGGAGUUAAACCCGCUGCCACUGGAAUGGAACACUACGACAGCGCAUUAGCCUACCCAGUUCAGUCCCCAGGUGUCUUAGGGAACCAACCAGACAUAGUAAUGGACAGCCUCGCUGUUCACGGUCUCGGUCUAGUCAACCCCAAGAAAGUGUUCAACUUCUACAACGAGCUGCAUUCCUACCUGGCCUCAUGUGGUAUAGACGGAGUCAAAGUCGAUGUGCAGAACAUCAUCGAAACUCUUGGUGCUGGUCUUGGCGGGAGAGUCUCUCUCACUCGCAGCUACCACCAAGCUUUAGAAGCUUCCAUUGCCCGGAACUUUACAGACAACGGUUGCAUCUCGUGCAUGUGUCACAACACAGAUGGGAUAUACAGCGCGAAGCAGACCGCUAUUGUUAGAGCGUCCGAUGAUUACUACCCUAGAGACCCUGCCUCUCACACCAUCCACAUCGCAUCUGUUGCAUACAAUACUCUUUUCCUUGGGGAGUUCAUGCAACCUGACUGGGACAUGUUCCAUAGUCUACACCCAACUGCAGAGUACCAUGCUGCAGCGCGUGCAGUAGGUGGAUGCGCAAUCUAUGUCAGUGAUAAGCCAGGAAACCACAACUUUGAUCUAUUGAGGAAGCUUGUUCUUCCAGAUGGAUCAGUUCUUCGUGCGAAGCUUCCGGGUAGGCCUACCCGUGACUGCCUAUUCGCUGAUCCAGCUAGAGAUGGAAUCAGCUUGCUCAAGAUAUGGAACAUGAACAAGUUCACUGGAAUAGUUGGUGUGUUCAACUGCCAAGGUGCUGGUUGGUGCAAGGAAACGAAGAAGAACCGGAUUCAUGAUACUUCUCCCGGUACGCUCACCGGUUCAGUCCGUGCUGAUGAUGCUGAUCUCAUUUCUCAAGUGGCUGGUGCUGAUUGGAGCGGAGAUUCAAUAGUCUACUGUUAUAAAUCAGGGGAAGUUGUACGACUACCAAAGGGUGCAUCAAUCCCUCUCACUCUCAAAGUCCUUGAAUAUGAACUCUUCCACAUCUCUCCUUUGAAGGAAAUCACUGCAAACAUCUCGUUCGCACCGAUCGGACUCGUGGACAUGUUCAACUCAAGUGGUGCUAUCGACUCCAUGGAGAUCAGUCCCGUGACGGACAAGAAACCGGAACUCUUCGAUGGAGAGAUCUCCUCCUCCUCGGGGCUCAGUGAUAACCGUUCUCCAACAGCUCUGAUAUCUCUAAGUGUUAGAGGUUGUGGUCGUUUUGGAGCUUACUCUUCUCAGCGUCCCCUGAGAUGCGCCGUAGGUAACACCGAGACUGAUUUCGAGUACGAUGCGGAGGUUGGGCUUGUGACGUUGAAUCUGCCGGUGACGAGGGAGGAAAUGUUCAGAUGGCGUGUAGAGAUUCUGGUCUAAAGUGGACAGAUGCUUUGUCUACUUUAAAUUUUUGGUCAUUCUUCAUCAUAUUGCAUUAGAUUGUUUAAGAAAUCAUCAUAUUGUACUAAGAUUAUUAAAUAAUUUAGGAAAUGGUUCUAGUAGUAGUAUCUUUCGCAUGUAAUAAGAUUGUAAUCUCGUUAAGUGAGGGAACUAGUGUCUCUCUGUAGUUUAUGUUCUAAUAAUAUAUCUUUUUAAAAUAAUUUGCUCUUUAUUUUCUAAAUCACUAUUUUCCCACCUCUCUCACAAAUGAA